CUCAGAAGCUGCUUCAUUUCGCUCUUAACUGUUUAAAUUCAUACCUCUCUAAAAUGGCGUGUUACUUUGCUACUGGAAUUUUAAUUUUGAUCACAAAAGCGACUGCAAUCGAAGAUGCGGCGUUUUGGAAUAAGGUUGCCCGCCAAGAGCUUGUCACAGGGCUCCACAUGCGGCAAAAUCUCCAGAGGGCCCACAACGUGGUGCUUUUCGUGGGAGACGGCAUGGGACCGAACACUAUAACCGCUUCUCGCAUUUACAAAGAGCAACAUCGGACCACCGGCAGAAACAACCCCCAGGAGACCCCGGAAUCAAUGUUUCUGCGUUUUGAAAGGUUUCCUCAUGUAGCGCUUUUGAAGACCUACAACGUGGACAAACAGGUACCAGACUCGGCAGGCACUGCGACGGCAUUGUUUUGCGGAGUGAAAACUAACUUUAAAACUGUUGGAGUGGACGCAAACGUUAAACUAGGAGAUUGCGAAUCCUCGCUCGAUCCUGCCUUCCACGUUCAUUCCAUCUUAAAAUGGGCACAAGACGCCGGAAAACGAACAGGAUUUGUGACCAACACUCGAGUAACACACGCCACCCCCGCCGCAUUGUACGCACAUUGUGCCCAUCGAAGCUGGGAAUGCGAGUCGAAAAUGCCCCAAGGGGCAGAAAAAUGCAAGGACAUUGCUCGGCAGCUCAUUGAAGAUGAGCCUGGCAAGUCCAUUAAUGUCAUAAUGGGCGGCGGGAGACAAUGUUUGACGAGCAACAUCACCAUUACUGCUUAUGACCCGAUCGACACCUGGGCCUGCCAAAGAAAGGACGGCAGGGACCUGAUUAAUGAGUGGGAAAUCAGGAAGAAGUCCCAGGAAGACUCUUAUAAGGUCGUGUCAACCAGCAAGGGACUGGCUGAAAUCGAUUUUAGCCGCACGGACUAUCUGCUUGGCGUUUUCGCCAACGGAUUUAUGAAAUACGAUCACGAAAUCGACCCCGAGGUCACUCCAACCCUGGCGGAAAUGUCAGCGGCUGCGAUUCAAAUCUUGCAGAAGGGAGAAAAUGGAUUUGUGUUGGUGAUUGAGGGUGGAUUGAUUGAUCAAGCCCACCACCGCGGCACUGCUAGACGAGCUUUGGACGAAACGGUCGCUCUCGACAAGGCUGUCGAAGAAUCUUUGAAGAUGUUGCACCUUUCCGACACCUUGGUCAUCGUCACGGCAGACCACACUCAUUCCUUGUCGAUAAAUGGAUACCCUGAUCGCGGAUCAGAUAUUCUAGGCAUUGCCCAAAGAUCAAAAGCAGACGGAUUAAACUUCACAACUCUGACUUACGCUUCUGGCACGGAUAUUAAAUAUUUUCCGUUCAACGAAACACACGUGACUCGGACUGACCCGUCAAAGGAAGACUUGACGGACUUCAAAUACCAGCAUCAAGCGACUUUCCUUCACGACGAAGCGAAUCACGGCGGAGGAGAAGUCACGGUUUACGCAAUAGGGCCAUGGUCUCAUUUAUUUCACGCGGUGCAUGCGCAGAACUUCGUCGCACACGUCAUAGGAUAUGCAGCGAAAAUCGGAACUUAUAAGGACACAGAGAAUUGGGCAAAUUGUUACACGAGCCAACUAUCCAUGUUAAUUUUAAGCUUUGUGUCUUUACUUAUGUAA